GGCAGCACGUCACGAGCCGCGUGGGCUCGCAGCAUCACCACCUCUGUUAGCCACAAUGUGAGUUAACGACAAAGUUCACUUUGAGAGUUCAGCCUGCUGUCGACGCCGGGAAAGUUUAACCAGGACGCGUUUCUAGACUUUCUGAAGCAAUGGCAGCCUGUGGUGGAGAAGUCCCAUAAAGCAUAAGGAGUUUCUUUUGACCCAGCGGUUCCCCCAGUGAACCCCACCCCCAGGCCCUUCCUGACUCAGGGAUACCAUGGGACCCCCUCCGGUUUACCUUUCCAGCCUCCUCUUCCUCUCGUUCCUCCUCCUGUGCCACGCCGGGACCUCCUUCAAGCCCCAGGUUGUGGAGCGAGCAUCUGACCCUGAGCUACCGCAAUCCUCUGGUAACACCUCAGGCUCUGGAAAACGGACGUGUUCUGACACUGUGGUUUGUAAACCCGGCAUCCUGCUGCCGGUGUGGCUACCACUCAACCCUCCACUGGGGGAGCAGGCAGGGAGGGCAAUCAUCUAUUUCCUCUGUCUCAUGUACAUGUUCCUGGGUGUGUCCAUCAUUGCAGACCGCUUCAUGGCAUCUAUAGAAGUCAUUACCUCGCAGGAGAAAGUGGUGACCGUCACCAAACCCAACGGUGAAACCACAGUCGCAACGGUACGGAUCUGGAAUGAGACUGUAUCCAACCUCACGCUCAUGGCACUGGGCUCCUCCGCACCUGAGAUCCUGCUUUCUGUUAUUGAGGUGUGUGGGCACAACUUCCAUGCUGGGGAGAUCGGCCCGGGCACCAUAGUGGGCAGCGCUGCCUUCAAUAUGUUUGUGAUAAUUGGUCUGUGUGUGUGGGUGGUCCCUGACGGAGAGUCUCGUAAGAUCAAACACCUCCGGGUGUUUUUCAUAACGGCUUUCUGGAGUAUCUAUGCCUACAUUUGGCUCUACCUCAUACUGGCUGUCAUCUCACCUGGGAUUGUAGAGGUGUGGGAGGCCAUAGUGACGCUGCUGUAUUUUCCGGUGUGUGUGAUCUUGGCUUGGAUCGCUGACCGCCGCCUACUCUUCUACAAAUACAUGCACAAGCGUUACCGUGCUGACAAGAGGCACGGCAUCGUGGUGGAAAUGGAAGGGGACCUUGCUCCCAAAGGCAUUGACAUGAUCGUGGACGGAAAGCUGUCAGACAGCAGUGCAUGCCCUGGAAACUCCUCCACUGUUACGGUCUCUGUGCAGACAGGCAAUGAACUAGACCCGAACAAAGAUGAGGUUGUCCGCAUCUUGAAAGAUCUUAAGGAGAAACACCCAGACAAAGAUUUGGACCAGCUGAUCGAGAUGGCCAACUACUCUGCCCUGGUUCACCAGAAGAAGAGCCGUGCCUUCUACCGUGUCCAGGCGACUCGCAUGAUGAUCGGUGCUGGUAACAUAUUAAAGAAACAUGCUGUUGAGCACGCGCGACGUUCAGGCCACGAGACUGAUAAGGCCACGUGCUCGCACAUUUGUUUUGAAAGCUCCCAGUAUCAGUGCACGGAGAACUGUGGCUCUCUGACCCUGGGGGUGAUCCUCGAUGGGGGAACUGGUCAGAAUACAUUCUAUGUGGACUACUGUACAGAAAAUGGUUCUGCCAAUGCUGGAGCAGACUAUGAAUUUACUGAGGGAACCCUGGUGUUCAAACCAGGGGAGACCCACAAAGAAAUCAAGGUGAGGAUCCUGGAUGAUGACAUCUUUGAAGAGGAUGAGCAUUUCUUUGUGCGCCUUCAGAACCUGAGGUUAGAGGAGGGUGGAAAUGAAGGGAUGGGGACUCCACCCAAAGGGAGACUAGUGGAGCCGCUGGUUGCUACGGUCACCAUCUUGGACGACGAUCAUGCUGGCAUCUUCACCUUUGAGCAGCAUGUGCUGCGGGUGAGUGAGAGCACAGGCAUCCUGACGGUGACUGUGUUGAGGAACUCGGGGUCCAGGGGCACAGUUGCUGUGCCGUACCAUACGGAAGAUGGCAGCGCCAAGGCAGGAGUGGACUACGAGGAGACCAGAGGGGAGCUGGAAUUCACCAAUGAGCAGACCAGUCAGACAUUGCGAGUGUGCAUUAUAAACGUGGAGGAGUAUGAAAAGCAGGAAAACUUCUUCAUUGUGCUUGACGACCCCAAAUGGCUAAAGCGAGGACUCUCUUUGAAUCCCACCCCUGAGGAGGAACAGGCCAGGAGGAUCUCUGAGAUGGGAAAACCCAUUCUUGGAGAGCACAGCAGGCUAGAGGUCAUCAUAGAGGAGUCCUGUGAGUUUAAGAGUCCCAAUGGAGUACUAGACCAGAACACUGUGGACAAACUGCUCAAGGAUACAAAUCUGGCCGUGGUGAUUGGUACGCGCUCAUGGAAAGAGCAGUUCAUCGGGGCGGUCACAGUCAGUGCAGGUGAUGAGGAUGAGGGAGAGGAGCAGCGAGUGCCCAACUGCUUCGACUAUUUCAUGCACAUAUUUUGUAUCUUCUGGAAGAUCCUGUUUGCUUGCGUCCCACCCACAGGGUACUGGAAUGGCUGGGCGUGCUUCAUAGUGUCAAUCACUGUCAUUGGUAUUUUAACAGCCAUUAUCGGAGACCUAGCCUCCCAUUUCGGGUGCACCGUCGGCCUGAGAGACACUGUCACUGCAGUGGUCUUUGUAGCACUGGGGACUUCUCUUCCUGACACCUUUGCUAGUAAAGUUGCUGCUACGCAGGAUCAGUACGCAGAUGCGUCUGUGGGAAACGUGACAGGAAGUAACGCAGUUAAUGUGUUUCUGGGCAUAGGUGUGGCCUGGUCUGUGUCUGCCAUAUACUGGGAAGUCAAAGGGAAGGUUUUCCGUGUGGACCCAGGAUCACUGGCCUUCUCUGUCACGCUUUUCACCAUUUUUGCCUUCUUGUGUAUGGGAGUGUUAAUGCUUCGCCGAAGGCCGUCCAUAGGUGGUGAACUAGGAGGCCCACGCGUCCCCAAAGUCCUUACCUCACUGCUGUUCUUUGGACUCUGGUUCCUCUACGUCCUCUUCUCUAGCCUGGAGGCCUAUUGCCAUAUACAAGGCUUCUAAAUGAGCACAGCUGUGGAGAGUCAUGCCUGCACAAUAACACACACACACACAACUCCCACUGAUAAACAGUUGCCGUCAUCAUUUGACAUCUGCUGCCACGGUUUAGAAACAUACGUAUACACACCACAGAUUCAACCACGGAACAUCUGCUGCCGGACUGUGAAAUUAUUGUGACAGCACUCCUUCAUUUUCACCUCAUGAAGUGCAGCGACUGCUUUUUAAGAAAGCAGAAUAGAUGUGAAGUCGCUGGAUUUUGCUUGAUACCUGGAGACUCGCAUCCUGGAUGCCCAGGAUUUGGUCGUAUGUCUCCCCACACCUGUAGAGUCUGGGUCAGAGCUUAUUUUACAAGAUGACUAUUUCAGGCGUUUAUAUACAGUAAGCUGCUCAGAUACAUAACAGUUGGAAGAACACUACUUUGCUUCAUAUGUUUCUCUCGCAAAAAGAGAAACUUUGUUUGUUAGUUCAUUGUUGUCAGUAUUCAUGAAUCCAGGUGAUUUGAAGGAAGACUGCAGGCCACUCAGUAGCAAGUGAGCUUUUUUGACAGUCCACAGGAGAAGCAAUAAGCUGCUGUUAUGAAAUAUCUCCCACUGCUCAGUUGUGUGUCUGUGUUGCGUUAGGUGACAUGAGGCACUGUUUGAUGUUUAGCGCUCUGCACCUGCUUAGUUUGAUCUCAUUGUAGGCAUUGAUAAUAGCAACACUACAUGGAGCCAGUAUUGAAAUGUGAAACUGAUAAAAAGUUACACGAUGAAUUUCUCAUAAGCACCUUGUGUCUGCCAUUUAGUUUGACUCCUUGAAAACAACGAUUCAUUCACCCCUGAAGUCUUAUCUGUUUAUUUAUCAAUGGUGUAAUGUUAUUGUAUUUCUAAUUUUAUGAAUUUGACUGUUAUUGACAAAAGCACGUUGUAAUUUAUUGUAAGUUGUCAUAAUUACAUUUAAAUUUUAA